AUGGCUGACCUCACUGAAAAAAGUCAUAAAAAGCGCAAAUUGACAGACGUCCCCGAAAUUGAAAUCGAUGUUUCGGCUCCUGAACCUCCGUCGAAGAAGGCUCUGCGCAAAGCCAAAAAGAAGUCCGGCGACUCGACCACAGAGACUGCCACUCAAGAGUCGACAACAGUCCCCGCGAAGGAGGCGAAGGAGCAAGAUGCGUCAAAGAAACGCUCAGAGUAUGGCAUUUGGAUCGGGAACCUGCCAUUCACGGUGACCAAAGAUGACCUGCGCAAGUUCAUUACGAGCAACUGCACCUUUGCAGAUACGACCAUCACCCGCAUACACAUGCCCAAGGGCCCCGAAAAAUUCGGCAAACCUCAGAACAAAGGGUUUGCUUAUAUCGAUCUUGCCACCGAGAAGGCUGUGCAGGAGGCAUUGGGAGCCAGCGAGCAACUCCUCUCUGGUCGCCGCGUCCUGAUCAAGGAUGCGAAGAAUUUCUCUGGCCGACCUGAGAAGUCUAAGGAGGAAGGGCAGAACGAUUCCGCGGCAGCGUCCGGCAAGCCUCCCUCAAAACGAAUCUUCGUCGGCAACCUCGAUUUCGAUGCGACAAGGGAAUUACUCGAGGAAAACUUUUCGCAAUGUGGCCCGGUAGCGAUGGUACAUGUGGCCACAUUUCAGGAUACUGGAAAAUGCAAGGGUUAUGCGUGGGUGACGUUUGAGGAUCUCGCAUCAGCCGAAGCAGCGGUCAAGGGUUUCGUCAUGGUCGGCGAGGAUGAUGAAGAUGACGAGGACAUUGAAGAGGAAGAUUCUAAAAAGAGCAAGAAGUCGAAGAAGCCAAGGAAGAGGAGGGUAUGGGUGAACCAGCUGCUCGGUCGACGAAUGCGCAUGGAGUUUGCCGAGGAUCCCACAACGCGGUACAAGAAGCGGUACGGGAAGGAUGGAGAAGGCAAAAAGAGGACAACCUCGGAUAUCACUGAGGUUGAAGAUGGUACCUUUGAUCAGGGUGCAAGUGAAGAAAAGCCCCAGCGGCCACGGUUUGAGAAGCCGAAGCGAAGCAAGCCGGAUUACACGAGAUACGACCAGGAUACCGUGCAGAAGCUCAGCGGUGCCAUUGUCGAGUCCCAAGGAAAGAAGACCACAUUUGAUUGA